GAACUCUAACUCCUUAACUUCCCUAACCAUUACCCCUCUCGUCUCCACUCUCCAGAACGCGAAGCAGUACUCACCUGGACGGCUGGACAGUCGCAACUUCCGUCAAGCCAACGUCAGCCAGCUCUGUUCGCGCAGCCACUUUCUAUCGCGCAGCCAGGUCUGUUGAUCUUCGAAAGCCGAAACCACUGCCAGCACCACUUUCGGUUGCGGCGCCAGCUCUGUUCUAUACUUCCACCCUGUCAGCCACUGUCUUGCCUCUUGCCAGCCAAUAUCCCUGCCAGCUCUGCUUUUUUCCAGGCUUCCUGCUUCUAGCCCUAGGUGGCAGGUUAGAAUUAGGUGGCAAUAGCUUUGAGCCUGUAGCUAUGGAAGAAUGAGGUUUCUGAACUUCUAGUUUGUGUUAAAUAAUAUGGAUUGUAUAGCUGCUACUUGGAGGAACCUUCAUUCUUUUUUUUUGAACCUUGCUACGAAGUGGUUGCGUUUUUGUGACACCGCGUAACAUAAAGGAACAAGUGAAUAACCUCAGCUCCCACCUCCUCCAUCGUCAGAAGAGACGGGAACUAAUGACGAGAAGCUUUUUCCGAUUAGUAGCACGAGCACGACUUCCCCACCGAACGCCCAAACCCAUGACUAAGAACGACGACGUUUUCGUUAUUCAUCCCAUGCGGACGAUGGCGUCGUUUCACAGCCACUACCACAAUGCCUUCUAUCCCUCCGCCUCUCCACUACCAUCACUCAAAUCUUCCACCCUCUUUGGAUUCGAAGGGCAAAGGAGGAACAUGUUCAUCCAAACGCAGCCUACCCCGAAUCCUUUGUCUCUCAUGUUCUAUCCCGAGAAGCCUGUCAUGGAAGUUGGAAGCGCCGACUUCCCAAACAUGCGUUCGGCUAUGAAUUCGCCUCUCGCUAAGUCACUCUUUGGAAUUGAUGGGAUUACUAGGGUUUUCUUCGGGUCUGAUUUUGUUACUGUGACGAAGUCGGAGGAAGCUUCUUGGGAGUUCCUGAAGCCUGAGAUAUUUGCGGCCAUUAUGGACUUCUAUUCCUCUGGGCAGCCGUUGUUUUUGGACUCUAAAGCUGCUGCAGCCAUGGAUACAGCUAUUCAAGAUGAUGAUUCGGAAACCGUUGCAAUGAUCAAGGAAUUGUUGGAGACUCGUAUUCGGCCGGCUGUGCAAGAUGACGGUGGGGACAUUGAAUAUCGAGGUUUUGAUCCUGAUACUGGAAUAGUAAAACUUAGGAUGCAAGGAGCAUGUAGUGGGUGCCCAAGUUCGUCGGUGACUCUGAAAUCCGGCAUUGAAAAUAUGUUGAUGCAUUAUGUACCUGAGGUCAAAGGUGUUCAACAAGAACUAGAUGCUGAGGAUGAGGAAGCAGCAGUAAGUGGACAAAUGGAGUAGUAGAACUUGUUCGACAUUUAGUUUUUUUAGAUAGAUUGCGAGCUCAGCAGAGUCUUCAGUGUGCACACAGAAAUAAUUCCCCAAAUUGAUCUGCUUCCAAUAAUUAUUGGGCUUCCUUUUAAAUUAAGUCCAUUGAUAAAUUACAAUGCAUUCUUUACUUAUAUGUUCACACACAUUAUAUAUUGAUAUCAUAAUUUGGUUGCUCUCGAUUCACACAA